UAUGUCGAGUUAUUCACAGUAAUACACUUAUUUCAGAGAAAAUUAUUCAAAGAGAAUUUCGAAAUAACCAACAUUUCACAUACGCGUGUAUUGCAUCUUAAUGAAAUAUGUUGGACUUGGAAAUAUUUUGUAUUUUAAAUGAGAGGCUAUUUCAGAAACGACUUCUGUGGAGCCCUACUGUACCCCGUCAUCCAAACAUGGAUUAAAUCAGGAACUUGAACACUGGUCAUUUGACAAUCAAGGGGACCAACAAUCCGCCCCUACCCUUUGACGGCCACAGGGUCAAUGUGGAGAUGACCGAUCUAGCUCUCAAAAAAGUGGGGCUGUCCCCUAAAUGUGAAAGGACCCCAGCUAUGCGUCAUUUACCCAACGUGGAAAGCAGCAAUGAAAUAUAUAACCUCACGUUACAUCAGUGUGCGAGGAUGGGUGAUGUCAAAAGUGCUAAAAUUCUGCUUAGCAACAUGGGUGCCAGUGUGAAGAAGAAAAUAAACAUUCGGGAUGAGGACAAUCUGACGCCUCUGCACUACGCAGCUCGAUACAAUCAACUGGGCAUGCUCAAACUGCUGGCUGACAGUGGAGCUGAUAUUGAUGCUCAUGACGAUGAGAAUCUGACGGCUCUGCACUACGCUGCGAGAUUCAAGCGUGAAACUAAAAAGAAAAUCAUUAAUGAGGAUGAAGAUACUGGUACAAUUCCUCCCAUCGAUUCAACAGAAGACACCCAGAAACAGAAGAGUGUCAUCCACUUCCUUAUUGGCCGAGGCAGUGACCCCAACGUCCGUGACCUCUAUGGGCAAACCCCGCUCCAUUUUGCGUGCAUGAGAUGCAACGAGGUGGCCUGUGAGGAGUUGCUUAGCAACAGCAAGGUUAACAUAGAGGCUGCAGACAAGCAAGGUAUGACUCCUCUGCACAUGGCGGCCUCCUACAGGCAACUCAACAUCGUGCGAUUGCUGAUCCGUGCUGGCGUGAAUCUGCGAUGCAAAGACAGCGAGGGAUCCACCCCUCUGCACAAAGCCUGCACCGACGGGUCAUUUGACAUCGUGAACAAGUUGUUUAACGCUGGUGCCCGCCAAGACGGAUGGGUUACCAUUCAAAGUAUGGUUACAGACCAGAACAUAGAUGGAAACACCUGUCUGAGUUUAGCUGUGGAGAAUGGCCAUUUUGAAAUCGUAAAACUUUGUCUGGAAAAACGUGCUGAUGUAAAUAUGCCCAACAAUCUGUACAUGUAUCCACUGCACCUGGCCGCAGUGAAUGGGGAUGUGCGUAUAGUUGGGCUCUUGGUGGAACACAACGCCCGCAUUGAUGCUCUAAACAGUGAGCAGGCCACGCCCCUUCACAAGGCUGCACAGUACAACCAUACACAGGUUGUGGACUUUCUGGUUGACAGGGAGGCUGACAUAGAGUGCCGGGAUGCAGAGAACUUCACGCCCCUGUUGCUGGCGAGCGUGUACGGAAGGGCCGCAACGGUAGAUCUGCUCAUUAAGAAGGUGGCUGAUGUGACAGCAGUAGACAAGAACGACAAGACGGCCAUUUUCCUCGCAGCCGAGCAGAACCAGCUGUCAGCUCUUGAGGCCUUGUUGCAAUAUGAUCAAGUGAAAGCUCAUGUGAACACGAGUGAUCGCUACAACAACAACCCGUUGCAUAUCGCUGCUAUGAAAGGAUUCCUGCCAAUUGUUAAGUGUCUGCUGAAGAAUGGAGGAGACAUCAACAGCAAGAAUGAAGAGGAGCAGACACCGUUACAUCUGGCCGCAAAGUUCGGACGAACCAAUAUUGUGCGAGAGCUAAUGAAGAAGGACAAGAACAUAUUGAAUUAUGAGGACGAAAACUCCAACACGCCACUUCACCUGGCUGCACUGGCUGGGCAUGCCAAGAUUGCCCAGGUCCUGCUGGAAUUAGGGGCGAAUGUGGCCGCCAGGAACGUGAGCUUGUGGACUCCCCUGGAUUGUGCUGCGGCAAAGGGCUGGAUGACAACGGCCAAAGUUCUCCUGGAAGCAGACUCCCCCAUUGACCCCAUGGACAAAGCAAAGACGACACCUUUGCAUUUGGCUGCGAAGUACGGACACUUGAACGUCGUGCAGCUUCUCGUGGACUGGAACGCAAACGUGGAACAGCGGGAUUCAGAUGGAAACAACUGUCUCGACCUGGCUAUCGACCAUAACCAGACCUCUGUUGCCAUGGCGAUUUUGCAGUCAGAACACUGGCAGCUAGCGCUGCGUAACCACACUCUCGACCAAAAUAGUGACAGGCACGACACCCCCAUGCGGAAACUCAUCAGGAAGAUGCCAGAGGUAGCGGAGUUGGUGUUCAAUCGCUGCAUGGUUCAUAACAAGGUGAGCUUUGAGAGCAGCAACUAUGAGAUCACAUUUAACUACGAGUUCUUAGAUGACCUUUAUUCCAUAUUGGCAUGGGGCGAGAAGGGAACCAGCGACUCUGGCUCCACUUCAGGGAGCCUUUUUGAUGAUGAGGGCCACCUAACGAUAAAGGGCCGCCCGUACACCACAGACUCCGGCGAGUUCAAGAAGAACCACCCUCUUAUGGUCAUGGUCAGAAAUAAGCGAGAGAACUUGUUGGCGCACCCUCUGGUUACUGCUCUACUUCGAUACAAGUGGAACAAGUUUGGGCGCACGUUCUACUACGUCAAUUUCUUUGCCUACGCCGUAUUUCUGACGUUUCUAACUAGGCUAUCGUCUUCCGGAGUGGCCAACCUGACCAACACAGACAGCGACUGCCAGCUGUUGGAAACUGCAGGCUACACUCAAAACUUGUUUGUCAAGAUCGGCAAAUACGCGAUAAUUAUUCUUGCCGCCUGGAAUCUUUUAAGGGAGUUGCUACAGAUCUACCAGGCAAAGCUAUAUUAUCUCAGUUGGGAGAACCUGAGCGAGUGGACCACGUACGUGACCUCACUGCUGUUCGUCGUGGACUUCCAGAGCUGUCAGCAGUCCACCAUGUAUAGAUUGCGAUGGCAAUGGAACAUCGGCACAAUUGCUAUCUUCUUGGCAUGGAUCAACCUGGUGCUGUUCUCGCAGAAGUUUCCACGUUUCGGCAUCUACGUAGUGAUGUUUAAGGACAUUCUGAAGACCUUCAUCCAAUUCUUUCUCGUCUUCCUCCUCUUCAUCAUCGCAUUUGCCCUUGCAUUCUUCUCUCUUCUGCAGAAUCAGUCACCCUUUCAAACUGUUUGGCAAUCCCUGAUCAAGACCUCAGUGAUGAUGAUUGGGGAGUUUGAGUAUGACGCGAUCUUCAAUGAACCCAACGAGGUGGUCUAUUACCAAUGGCUUGGCUACGUUCUAUUCUGUGUGUUCAUGGUGAUCAUGUCCAUUAUCAUCAUGAACUUACUGGUCGGUUUGGCUGUUGACAACAUCAAUGAGGUUCAGGAACAAGCUGAGCUCACUAGGAAAGCAAUGCAAGUUGAACUGGCUUUGGAUGUGGAAAGAAUUGUCCCUGACUUCUUGAGGAGAAAGUUUGUGGUUCGCAAAGACACAUUGAGGCCAAAUGAGCGUAUCAACUUCAUAUUCAAGGAAGCAUUCGGUCUUGCCAGGUAUGGGCUCACAGCAGCAUCCAUCAACAAGGCCCUUAACCCUGAACUGGACGAGAUUUCAAAGGUGAGGGAGAGCCAGCAGAAUCUCCAGAAGACGGUGGACAAGAUGCGACACAACAACAAGGAGAUGAAGGCCCAGCUCAACAACCUCGAGGGCAUGAUGAAGGCACUGAUGGCGCACCAGAACAUUACCUUCCUGGAGGAGGACUUGCAGGAAACAGAGGAGAUCAGUCCCAUGGGUGUCUACUCUUAGUUAUCACGGUAACGAGGAUGUUGAUUAACAUGGUUACGGAGAUAGUGAUGAUAACAAUAUUAGGAGCCGGUUACUCUAGUGACAGUUAUGUCAUGUAGUUAUAUUUGUAAUGAUACGUCUGCAUUUUUAGUUUCUUAUAGUGAUCAGUGUCCUGUGUAAUUCUUACUGUUAAUUGUCCAAAUUUCAAUUGCAUAUGUGUAGUUUUCUGAGUUAUUUUUAUGAGUGGGAAUGCACGUGGCAUUUCAAGUCUAACACAUUGUGGUAGGUUCUGUGGUCGCAUUAUUUGUAAAAUAUUGACUGUGUGUCUUUUUAUUAUGAGAGAUCGCACAUGCUCAUGUUUAUCCGCGUAGAAUGUUAAUAUUUGAAGUGUAUGUGUUAUAAAUUGUUUGACUGGCCUGUAAGUUAAUAUCAAUGUCAUUAUAAUGCAUAAUCGGUACAAAUGUAGGUUAAAACCAAGUUAUUGAUAUUCAGCAUACACAAUUUUACUUAUCUCACAUUAUUUUGCUCUAUGUACAAUACCAGACAUAGUUUUUCUAUAAGUAUCUAUAUUCAAUAUAAUGCCUACACCAUUCAAAAGUGCGUUUUUCAAGUUUGCCUACGGUAAUUGCUUGUUGAACAGAUCUUAAUAUUGUAUGUGUAAAGUUGUCCGUGUAUUAUGCCUAAACAUAUUAGAUCGAUGGGCGUUAUUAAACUUACACACACAUUUCUUUGACAAAGAAGUAUAAUUAAUAGCUUCUUUAAGUUAUUUUGUGAUUACUUUUCAAAAGCAACAGCUAUUGCGUUUGAUAUGUCUCUACAUACAUCAAAACACUUUUGGUUUAAGGGAGGUCUUGGAAAACGAAGACAACCAAAUUAAAUCGUUGCACAGUGAUCGAACUAAAGAUAAGAUAUAAGAAUAAUGCAACUUCAGUAGAGAAACCCAUUUCUCUAGUCGUAUUGCAACUAGAUAAAUUAUGGACUAAUAUCUAUGUAUGUAAUAUCGUAUUAUUCGCUGGCGUGUGAGAGUUCAAAAAAAAAAGGUGAUAUUAAGCAACCCUUUUCAUUCUGUGAAUAAAUACAAGAACAAGCGCUGUAUACUAUAUGUAAACAAAACAUAUAACAUACUGGCAGACACUAACCAUAUAAUUUAUUUUUCAUAAUAUGAAAUAGUACUAGUAUAUAUAUAUAUAUAUAUAUAACGUAUGUUACUUAUUGGCGUCGCACUGAAGUGCGGCGACUAGUAUGUAAUACGUUUUUUUUUCGCUUAUGGGAGGAGAAGUUAUUUUACGGAUCAAUGUAUAUAUUUUUGUUGUCAGAAUAACUUGCAUAGUGGUGAUUUUUUGUGUAAAUUAGUGUAAAUAAGUACUGCAUUUGUACCUAUUACAUUUACUACAACAUUUAUUGACAAUAAUGCAAAGCUAAUUAUUUUAAUUAAUAACUGAUCACAGGGACUGGGCAAUAAUAAAAGAUCACAGUGACUGGGUAAAUACGCGAAGCGGUGAAACUUUCUGGUUUUGUAUAAAAACAAAACUUCUUUGUUCCACUGUCCUAGCAACCACCUAGUAACUAAUAAAGGCGCUAUAAAGCGCGAAGCGCGACACGUAUUAUUAAUUGUAAUAAUGAGUCUUGAUAAAGGAAGCAUUCUCCUGGUCAACAUGUAUUAAAAAUCCGUUGAUUUAAAAUAUGUUUCAUGAAAAAUAAAAUUGUUUUGUGUUUUAUUAUGAAAUGUGUGCUAAUUAAUGCGAUAUUAAUGUCAGUCAUAUUUCAUAGUAGCACAUGUUUUGUUUUGUUUGUAAAUUAUUGUUAUAUUGUUUUUGUCUUUCCGUCAGUUGACUAUGUUGUUAAACGUUUACAAAUAAAUGUAUAAUAGACAUCGACAGACUUUGUCACAAGCUCUACUCCACUCUACGAUUCUUUUUUGUGUGUACAUAUAUGAUUUAUGUAUUAACAUUCCUGCUUGCUGUGAAUGGUAUAGGAUAAGAAAAUAAUACAUGUUCGUUCUAUGUUAUAAUUUAGGGACGUUUAGUGUUUAAUAUUCGUACUCGAUCGCUGUUUCAUAUAUUAUUUAAUAUUCAAGUUUAAUAAUAAAAACUGGUAUCAUUUUAUAUAUACAAUUUUAUUUAUACUAUAAAAUUAUAAAAUAUGAAUUUUGUAUAAACUACAUAUUCCACAUAUUAUCUAAAUUAGCAUUGCUUCUCUUCUAUUACGGAUCUGCUUAUUUUUAUAUUGCGUUACAAUUCCAAACAAUUUUUAUUUGUUAUAACAAUAAUAUAAAUACUUGCAUACAAUAAUGGCUAAAUAAAACCUAACCGCUAGAUGACAAUCUUGUACUUUGCUUAUCAAUAACAAAAUAUCCAGAGUAAAAUAUUACAAUAAGACCAAACACUUUUAUUAUAAUAUUCUUCACUACGACAUCCAAACAGGAUUGUUAUAGCUAAGACGUAAAAUAUGUAAGACGUAACAAUCAUUUUUCAAUGUAAAAUAUGUUAUAUUUUAAAAGUUAUGGUCUAAUUGUUUACGUCGUAUUACUACUUAUAAUAAAGGAAAAGCAGCUGUGACAAUAAUUCGGCACUACUUAAAUAUGUAACGUAUAUGUUAUUGGUUCAGAUUAAAUUUAGUUGCGUGUAUUUUUGUAUGGUGUGUUAUUGUUUGAGUGGCUUAAAAUACUUGCGUGCCAAAACCUGUCAUUAAAUACAAGAUUAAGACGUAACUACAUGUAUAAAUAACGAAUAUUGAAUUUUAUUAUUAUGUUGUUGUAAAUAUUAUAUAUUUAGAUCUAUAUGUGUAGAUAUAUGUGUGUAUAUGUUGUACAUACAAACUUAGAUAAAUAUUUUAUUUAUUAUUUUACCUAUCCUGUUAUUGUUUAGUAAUAUCGUUUUAUAUGACGUAGGUUCAUACAUUUUAUAGUCUCUCAUAACUCUAUUAGAGUGGUUUUAUACAUGAACUUGUUUAGUUUGCUACACGUUUGAUAUACCAUGAAUGUAUAAAAAUGAGACUCAAAUAAACUGUCUGUCUUCUGUC